CUCCCGCAGCCGUGGGACGGCGCCAGAGCGGGGCCUUAAACUGCGGCGGCGGCGGCGGCCGCGCCCAGAGAAGCGGCACCGGGAGCCGCCGUCCCCAAAGGCGUCUCUCAGUUGUCGGCGUCGGAAGCUGAAGGCGGAUCCAGGUGCUGAAGGGGCCGCUCUGCCCCGACCCCGACCCGCGGCGCCAUGGCCGGCAGCGCUGAGAUGGCAUCGCUGGAGGAAAGCUUCCGCAAGUUCGCCAUCUACGGCGACACCAAGGCCACGGGGCAGGAGAUGAACGGGAAGAACUGGGCCAAGCUGUGCAAGGACUGCAAAGUCAUCGACGGCAAAAGCAUCACCGGCACCGACGUGGACAUUGUGUUCUCCAAGGUGAAAGGGAAGACAGCCCGCGUCAUCAACUACGAGGAGUUCAAGAAGGCCCUGGAGGAGCUGGCCCCAAAACGCUUUAAGGACAAGAGCAAGGAGGAGGCGUACGAGGCCAUCUGCCAGCUGGUGGCUGGGAAGGAGCCCAUUAACGUGGGCGUCACGAAAGCCAAGAACGUGGGCGCCGUGGAGAGGCUGACGGACACCUCCAAGUACACGGGGUCACACAAGGAGCGCUUCGAUGAGACGGGCAAAGGAAAAGGGAAGAGCGGGAGGGAGAACAUCGUGGACAACAGCGGCUACGUCAGCGCCUACAAGAACGCGGGCACCUACGAUGCCAAAGUGAAGAAGUAGGGACUGCCCCCGAGCACCCGCCGCCUUCGGUCACGUUGGCCUCGGGACCGGCCGCAGGGCCCGGGAGGCUGCACCGGGGCCGGCCCCACGCUGUGGGAUGUCGGAUGCGACGGGCGAGCGGCCGGGCUCCGUGUCAGCGCCGCGUCCGUCCCGCGUGCAUCACCCCCCGCCCUGCAGCGCUGCUCCGCGGGGUGCCCCGCCGGCACCUCGGCCGCCCCUACCUCAGGCCCUGCGGGACCGCAGCCCGCACUCCCCACCCCUGGCUCCGCAGUUCCCAGCGCCCCCUCGGGAUGCCGCCUGCCACGGGUCCCAUUGCUCAGCACGGCUCCCGGGAUGGGGUCCCGGAGCCCCCAGCUCUGCUCUCCACGUGGGCUCCCGUUGCCCCCAGGGAGCCCGAACCAAAGGAUGCUGCAGCCCCGCGCUGUCACCCCGCAAUAAAGCCCCCUCCGCACUGA